ACGUCACCCACGACUCGACCAACAUCCACGCGGUCAUGGCGUCAAGAUUCCAACGCGACUCCCGCUCCGCCCUGUUCUCCUCCUACGACGCCGCCCAAAGCCACCAACGCUCGCGCCCCUCCUCCGCCGCCGCAAACCCCACCCGCAGCACCCCCUACUCCACCCACCACAGCAACAACAGCUCCCCCUACGCCUUCGGAAACUCAUACAACAACAACAGCAACAACGAUUCCACCCAGUUGAGCGCACAACCACCGUCAGGCGCAGGCUUCAGCCCCGCAUACGCAAACGCGUACCCAGGCAGCGAGCGACACAGCGGCGACAGCGGCUACGGGAGUAGCAAUGCCGGCGCUGGUUUCCGGCCCGCGACGCCGAAUAAGAAGGGUCAGUACAGCGAUGCCGUGAUCGAUGAGCUGGAGAGCCAGAAUGAGGAUCAAGUUGGGGAGAUGGGGAAGAAGGUGCGGAUGCUGAAGGAUUUGACUGUGGCAAUCGGCGACGAGAUCAGGGAUAGUACUGCGUUUGCGGAGAAGAUGAAUGAAGGGUUUGAGAGCACGCGGAAUCGGUUACAGGGGACUAUGAACAGGAUGUUGAGGAUGGCGGACCGGACGGGGAUUGGAUGGAGGAUAUGGCUUGGCUUUUUCGUCUGCAUUUUCUUCUUGUUUGCUUAUGUUUGGCUGUUCUGAGCGUGCAUGAUGCGAAGUGUCUUGACUGCAGUGAGUGUCUUCAUGAUGGAAAGCGUGUAUGAUACGUGUAAAGUACGAGCACACACUCGAGAAAUCGACGGGUGAUAUGUGAUGAAACGUAAGCGAAUUCAGCGUCGACUGCUCCUGG